AUGGCAUCGUUUUAUUCAUUCAUUAUCAUAUUAUUAUUAUUGAGUUUCUUUCAACCAAUAAAUUCAGAACCAGAAAAUUUAUUAAUAUCUACUACAACUUCAAAGUUCAAUUUAUAUGAUAAUGUAAUAAUAACAACAACAACAACAAUAAGUAGUAUUAUAGAAAAUAAAACUGAUCAUACAUCAACUUCAACAAGUACAUAUUUUAAUACUACAACAACAAUUUUGAUUGUUAAUACAAGAAUAAAUUCAUCGAAUGUACCUAUAAAAACAACUGCACAAUCUCCUCCUCUUUUAUCAAGUAUAACUUCGACAAUAGAAUCAACUAUAUCUGAUCUUAACAAUAAUCAUUCUAAAAAAUGUAAAUUUUUACGAAAUUGGCAACCACAUGAUGAUGAUGCAGAUAAUACUAUUCUUCAACUCGAACAACCUGAUAUAAUGAAUAGUCAAUGGCCACAUCAAAUAUCUUUAGUUUAA